AUGGAGGUUACCGUCACAAAGAACGCUUUCGUCGCCACCAAAACGUUCAUCGUCUUUCACAAACUUAUCAAAUCAUCAAGAGACAUGUUUGGAGGACUAGAUUGUGGUCUGAACAAUCUAAAGCUCAAUGAUUUCACAGACAAAUCUUUUUAUCUUACACUAGAGUUGUCUCAAUGGGCUAGAUGGUAUGCAUCGUAUAUGGAUUGUCUCUCAUGGAUUUCGAAGACAAACCGAUUCUCUUGUGACUUUCUUCGAGCAUAUAUUAUGAGACAAACCGAUACCAGACCGAAGAUUCCACCUCGGUUCCAAGGCAAGACUGUGGAUGAGAUCAGAGAGCUCGUGAUUCAAGACUACUUCACGGUUAUUAGAUUGGUUAUGUUUGAAGGUGGUGAGGCUCUCAAUCACAUUGUAAAAGAUGUCAAAAACGCAUUUGCAAAAGAGGGCGAACUAGCAAGCUUGAACAUCUUGAUUCUGACUUUAUUAUGUCUUCAGAUGCCCCUAAUCAACAGUAUUCUGGAAGUCGGUGAAAUGUAUAAAUGCAUAGUGAAAUCAAUUGGAGAGGGAGCGGCGGUGAUCGAAUACCAUGGUGAUCGUUGUGGCCUACUUUGCGCUUGCGGAUUGUCUAAUGAAAAGCUACAUUGA